AUGAAAACGAAUUCUUUCGUUAUUUGGAUCAAGGCAGUUGCCUUAAUCAGUGUUCUACUGAUGAGCACGCACAGAGCAGACAUGACAUUGGACGAGGUGGAGACCACUCUGCAGUUUGAAAUUGCAACGGAUACAGCACCAGUGAAGAUAAACCCAGAGGGGCCUCUCAACUUCCUCCGGGGAUACAUCUACCAGAAAAUGGACUUUAUGUACAACAAAAGAUUCUUUUCGCCACAAAUUAAGACAGACUAUCUCUUAAAGAAAGAAUGUAUAGGUGAGUUUUAUGAAUUCUAUACAUAUAACCGAGAUAGACAAAUGGACAAAGCAUACAAAGACCUAUCAAAGAAUAAAAUGGAUGAGUACAAUGAGCAGUACCACAGUCAUCUUAUUGAUCUGUUUCCAUCACCAACUGGCGACAUAACCAUAGAGACGCGAGGAAACCAGUCCUUUGUUCAGUUCCUUCGUGCAGAUAAAACAAAGAAGCAUGCAUUGCAGAUUCUGGCUUUAUUACUGCUUUUUUCAGAGGGAGUGAAUAUUCACAUUGAUGUCAGCAAUACAGUACUGAAGGUCUAUGAACCAAGCAAAAAAGAUGAAAUAUACUUUGAAGUGUCCAUGGCAAUUCCAUGGAAAAAUGAUAAAACAGGUAAGGAAGAAACAUUCCAACAGAAGAAAGUUAAUCAAAUGAUCAAAUUCUUCAAGAAGAAUGCAACCAAACAUGAAGUGCUUAGUAUAAUGAAGGACAAGUGCUCAUAUGAUGAGGUUUCCACAGGAAAGUUUCUGGACAGUCCUAAAUUCCUGAUACAGUCGUACAUAUUUGGAUUCAUAGAAAGUGCAGAGAAUGCAAUUGAGUUUAUCCAGACUGUGCACACUAUGACAGAGAAGUAUGCACCAAAGACAGAAGCACCAAGCAAAGAUGACUCUGUAUAUGACAGACUGUUUAAGCCUGCUAACACUGCAACAGACACAGACUGUAUGGCUCUAAUGAAGAAAACUCAAGAGAUUAUGAAUGGAAAUCGGGACUUUUCAUCUACAGGCAGCAUGAAACUUCCUAGAUAUAUAUCUGUUCCUAUGCGUGAUCCAAUAACAAAAGUGCUCUCUGCAAAACUAGGAGAGUACAGCAACUGCGUCGAGUGCAUGAUUCUUUCUCUUUUCUGCUGCCUGGCAUAUGAUCCAUCUGACUCUACAUAUAAAACUGACCAUAUGGGGAAUGUCUCUGAAAGUUUGAAAGAAUUCUUCGCCCCUGAGAACCAGCCAUUUGACACAACAAAGAAUGAAUUUCAGAUAAAGUGGUGCAAUGUUGUUGCGUGUCUAGACGAGCCUAGCAUUACAUACUGCAAGGGAAGAAACGAGCUAGACUGCGGUAUUAUAAAUAUGCUCAUGGUUAUUGCUGAAAUAGUAAAUGCUCCAGAGGAUGAAAAGAAGAAAAUACUUGGAUUUUCAGAGAGGUUAAAGGAGGAAGAGGGCAUGUUAGAGAAUAGUCUUUCAAAGGAUAUUCAAGAGUACACUAAAGAACUACUUAAACGCUUAUCCAAGACAAAGAAUAUAGAAAUAGAGUUCUUUUGUCUUACAAGAGAUGAGUGUACUAAUGGAAGAUACGAUGUGUGUGGAGAGAUUACUAUUUUAUUUGAGCAAGGCAACUUUGAGAAUAAAAUAGUCAUAAAAAUAUCCCAAGCCCAUAGUUCUAUUAAGAUAGAGCCUAUUGUUGUGGACUCUGAUAAUUAUCGAGUAUGGAAAUUGAAUGGAAUUGCACAAAUCUGUAAAAAUGGGAUAGAAUUCAUUGGAAAUCUGUUUUCUAUAUAUGUUGACUAUGAAGCAAGAAAUCUUGAUACUCCUGAGAAGAACAAAGAGUUUAUAAAGGCCCAAGUGCGCAAGACCAUUGAGAACAACUUCACAGACAUAAAUAGACUGCUGCUCAUAGAAAAGAUGAAUGACUUAGAAUAUAAGAAGAAAUUAGUCGCCUGCUCUAUAGCGUACACUCUGGAUAAAAAGCUACUUCCAAUGGAUCCGAUUAUUCGGUUUAUCUCCAACAUAAUAGGAAGCACAGAGCUAGAUAACUCGGAAAUUCAACUUUUUGUUCUCUCACCAAUUAUGUGCGCUGGUCUGCUUAAUAAAAAAGGCAGUAGUCUCUGCUACCCGAAUAUAGAGAUGAUAGAGGACCAAUAUGAAAACGUCAUGGGAUGCGCAAUGUGGUAUGAUUUUGUUGAAUAUGUGUUAGAUUGUGAUAUAUCCAUUUUCAUUGUAUGGAUUAAAUACUGCAUAGACAACUUUAGUCUAUAUAACUCGGAGGGCCAGUGUGAAUUAUUAAACUUUCAAGUGGCUGAACCUGUUUUUAAAUAUAUAUUUAAAGACAACAAAAUGGAGUAUGCUAACGCAGUUGAUGAGGUUAUAGCACAAGACUAUCCUAAAGAGAAAGAUGUGAUAAUAAGUUAUCUUCACUAUACCUGGUUCAUGUAUCUUAUUUUACAGGACAUCCCAAAUAUAGAGCUGAUUAAAGAAAACUUUGAUGCCAUCCAGAAUCCAAACUAUAUUCCGGAGAAUUUCAGAUAUCAUAAUAAGCAAAUCAUUGUCCAAGCCCUCACAGAGCUAAAGGACCAGCUAUGCACUAGUGAAGACUCUAUUGCCAAGUUUGACGAGCUUAUACGCCGAUAUAAGCCAGAUUCUACCACUUCAUGA